GGCAAAAAGCUGGGACGCACAUGUCCGCGAUUCUUUGCAUGUACUGCAGUUUUGUUUUUAAAUUGGUUGUUUCAGUACAAUGAAUCAUUUUGAAAUCCGGGAAAUAGCGGGGAAGGGACGGGCCAUGGUGGCCACCAAGGAUUUCAUAGCCGGCGAGAUUAUAUUCGAGGAAGAGCCUUUUGUGUCCCAUCAGUUUUCAUGGAAUGCUGCCUAUGGCUAUGCCGCUUGUGAUCAUUGUAUGCGUCCGCUGGAGACGGUGCUGGCCAAUGUCCGUCGACUGGCCAACAAUCAGACUGUUUCAAUGCCAUUGCUUCAACACGAUCCCACGGCCGCUUGGUUCCAGCAAUUCACGCAAUGUGCGCGCUGCAAGGUGCGGUACUGCUCCGAGGAUUGUCUGAUGGAGGCACAGAAGCGCUAUCAUCGUGUGGCAUGCUUGGGUGCCUUUCGCGCAGACGACACACAUCCCAUAAAUAUUCUGAACGAAACAUGGAAAAAGAUGCACUAUCCGCCGGAGACGGGCACUAUAAUGCUUCUGGUCCGGCUGCUGGCCAUGUAUCAACAGACGAGCAAGAAGCAAGAGUUCCUGGAGCAGCUGCAAUCAUUUCAAGCGCUGAUUGUGAAUCGCGAGCAGAAAAUUUAUCACAAGAUGCUUGGGGAGAAUUUCGAGCAACAAAUGGAACAGCUCUAUGGUGCCUUCUGCAAUGCAUUUAAAGGCGAGGAAUUUUCAGUGUUCACCACACCGGAUGCAUUUAAAACGCUUAUGGGCAUCAUGGGCACCAAUAGUCAGGGGAUAGCGACGAGCGUUUUGUCGCAGUGGGUGAGCAAAGUAUCGGAAUUGCCGCUUCCGGACGCAGAUAAAGCGCAACUGGACAAUACAAUCGACGAACUGUAUGCCAAAGUGGGAGAAUUUGCUGGCGAAUUCCUAAACAACGAGGGCUCCGGCCUCUACAUACUACAGAGCAAAAUUAAUCACAGCUGCGUGCCCAAUGCACAGUCCACAUUUCCGUACUCAAAUGAUAUUGUUGUGCUGAAGGCCAUCACACCCAUCCAGGCGGGCGAGGAAAUCUGUAUUUCCUAUCUGGAUGAAUGCCUAUUGGAACGCAGUCGCCAUUCCAGACACAAAAUUCUGCGCGAGAAUUAUAUUUUUGUCUGCGAGUGUCCCAAGUGCCGCGCUCAAAUAUCGGAGCCAGAUGUGACCAGCGAAGAGGAGUCCGAUGGCGAAAUGGACGAUUAUGAAGAUGACGAAGGCAUGGAUUAAAUUGUAGUUUGUCAGAUAAUAUUGUUAAUUCUAUUAACAAGCCGCUAUUAACAAAAAGCUAUUAAAACAAAUCUCAAAUCAGGAA